UAAGAAAAACAAUAGGGCCCUCGCCUUACUGGCUUGGGCCCUAAUAAGCAUUUAUCCUUAUAGAGAAUGAGAAGUAACCAUGGGAACGGAUAGCGUAUCAUGCUAAUAUGGCGGCGCCUUCCCGAAAUGCAAUGCGGAGUGAAAAGAUCGUGACGUAACUCCUCAUUCUCUAUUAAACCUUGCUGAAUAAAAGUAGGCUAUUCAUUUCUUUAAAUCAGUCUUACUGACGUAAGCAGCAUUCUGAGCAGUUGUGUACGCGUCGUGAGCCAAGCUGAUCAGAGACCAGUGGUGGAAAAGUGUUUUUUUUUUUUUUUUUUUAAGAUUUACUUAUGCUUAUGAUUUUGGGAAAUAGCCCUUGAACAAGCACUGACUGUGAGCGAAGCGUCAGCAACGAACACUCUGUAAUUGAUUGGUUCUGUCUUUGAGCAAUUGCUUAUAUGUUCGACGAGCAGGAGGAAUAGUUAUACACAAUUAUUCGCUAAUAACAAUAACUUGUUUUAAAAAACACCUCAAGAUCGAUAUUUUUUCCAUCCUUUCGAAACAUGGAUACUUCAGGAUCGACCCGCCCAACUCUGAAACGCCAUAUUUAGGCUAAACAAUACUUUUACUUUUUUUGAGGCUAUACUUCUACUUUUUGAAAUGUCUGUGACCAAUGUUUUGUGAAAGAAAAAGAAGUGAUAUUCGCCCUAUAUCUAGUGGUAAGUGGUUUUAAAGUUUUAUUUUUGAGGAAAACUCGUGACCUGCUCACGAGACUUAUUUAAAAAUGUCCGAAUUUUGAAGGCAGUUGACAAAUAACGACCAAUAUAGCCUAGGCUAUACCCGUCUCCAGUUUUCUCUUUAAAUUACUAUGAUAAUAUUAUUAUGAUCGUGUUAUUUCUUUAUUUUAUUAAUUUUGAUUGAUUUGUAAAGUGAUUUUUAUCCAUCUGCUCCACAGCGGAGUUGUUUCCUGUUAAUCCAAUUUAGUAUCGUUUUUAUUAAGUAAACGAUUAUAUUUUACCGACUGUUUUCAUAACAAAUUUCUUCAGCUCUGUGCGCUUCCCAGAAAUCGAUUUGUAUCGAAAUGAAUAUUUCAGGGGUUUUUUUGCCUUUUAUGCAUAACUUUUAUUAAUUUACCUUUGUCUCAUAUUUAUUACUCUAUUACAUUUAUUACGUUGUUGAUUUUCUCGAGAUCAACCAUCCAACUACACCCUUAACAGGUAGGCUACUUUAAAAUGCCCAUGAAUUUAACUUUAAAAUUGUAACUGGUCUCCUACCAAUUGUGUACGUUUUAACUUUUCUUUUUUUUUUACAGAACAUGCAUGAUCAGCUCUGACCAGCUUAGUUGAGGAUAGUUCUCUCCUCUUCUACACUAAUAAGCAAUUUGUUUUCCAAAGAAUGCAUAUGUCUGCAAGAAGCCUGUGGAAACACGACCUGUACAAGAACUGAGUCUUGAAGAAUCUUGAACUACUGUUGCCUUGUCUCUCAGUUUUCUAUGAAAAUCCCUCCAUACGGUUUACUGUUAAGGCACACAUCAACCAACAUCCUAGCAUGUGAAGUGUCUGAAGAUUGUGCUGAACAGCACUGUAAUGUUACAUUAACUAAGUAGAUCUAGACUGUGACCAUGUUCGCUUUAAAGAUUAUUAUUCUUAUUACACUUAUUGUUCCUCUUAAUUAUGAUCUUUGUUCUUGUCAAUGUGCUCGUGCUGAAUAUAAGAUAGACAAGCAAUGCUGCCCAAUGUGUGCCCCUGGAAACCGUGUUCGUUGGCACUGCACAGAUGACACCAGCACAACUUGUGUUCCAUGCCCUCCAUUAACUUUCCUUGAUGAACCAAAUGGCCUCAUGGAAUGCUUUCCCUGUACUGUAUGUGAUGCAAACCGAGGUUUAAGACUGAGUGAAGUAUGCACUCGGUCAUCAGAUGCUGUUUGUGGGCCACUGGAGAGAUUCUACUGCAUUGAAAAAAAGAAAGGCAGCUGCACUUUAGCUGUGCGACAUUCUAAAUGUAACCCUGGACAAUAUAUCAAACAAGCAGGUACUGGUUCCACAGAUACUGUAUGUGCUGACUGUACAGGUGACACAUAUUCAAACGGAUCUUUCUCAUCCUGUUUACCACAUACAAAAUGUGAGGCCAUGGGACUUGCUGAAACAAAUCCAGGAACACAUUCAUCAGACUCUGAAUGUGGAAAUCCCCCUACUGCUGUAGCAAUCAUUGCCUCUAGUGUUAUAGUUACUUUAAUAUUAAUUACAGUAGUAAGUGUUUUAAUAUUUAAACACAUUCGGAAGAAGAAACUAUCUAAAAGUUCAGGGUUGCAGGAAACAGGAAAUGGUUUACAUGAAAAACACAGUUCAAAAGUUGUUGGCGGCAGGAUAAAUGUUGAAUCAUUUGGAAUAGAAGAACAAGUCCUAAGAACCUAGGGAUUGACUACAGUUUCUAAACUACUCACAUAUUUCACCACAUUCACUGAAAGAGUUAUCAUGCCUGGAAUUUAUCGGGUUGAGCCACAGAAAGUGAUUACUAAUCCUCUUACAUUUACAUUUAUGCAAAUAAGCAGCCAUUUAAUUAACAGACUAGAAUAAUCAUGGCUGAUAGACACUGUGCAAACUUAAAAGAACUUGCCCAACUUUUAACUAGGGAAAUAAUCGUGAAAUGUUUCUAAAAUGUUUGUUAUUAUUUUAAUAUUGUUUGUGAUUUAGUCUUAGUGACUUAGGAGUCCUCUUGUUUUAGCUGCAUGGUUUUAGUGCUAAAAUGUUUUGUGAAAUUCUCUUUUUAACUAAAAACAGUUAACAUUAUUGAGUUUAGUAGCUACUUUUAGCCUUGAUGUUUUGUGAAUAUGGCCCCAGUUCAUUCUGAUAUAUUAGGACAUUUUGUCAUGUGUACAUUAUGUGCCAUGUAAUUCUGGUGAACACAGAAUCCUGGGAACAUAGAAAUGACUCUGACCCGAUGGACAAUGAUUAGCUUACACUACAGAUACAAAAAAGACUCCACAUACACAUCAGUCAUUGUUUGAUGGUUUUUUUCCCCUCCAGCUGAAACAAUGACAUCUUUUUCCUUCUGUUCUGUUCUGUUCUGUGCCAGUAUCAAGUCAUGCCCAACAGUUUGAAUGCGUCAUGAAAAAAAAAAUACAAAUCUAACAAAUCAAAAGCUCCACAUACUUAAAAUGUAUACAUUUGUGUAAUAAAAUAUAUAAAAUAAAUAUUCAAUCUUUAUUUAAAAGGGUCAAGAAAAUGAUGUUGUGUCCUACUAUUUGAACAUGGCUUACUUUUGGGAAAUGUGCUAUAUAAAUUAUAUACAUUAUGGUAAAUACGUUUUUUUUUUUGUAAAACAAAUUUAUGCCGUCAUGUUUUUAGACUAGUUACCUCAAGUUUGUCAAAUUAAACUAAGCAGUGUUUGAAGAGCUGAAGCAUGUUUAAAGAUUGAAAGUAGAUCAAGCUCAAGCUCACUUUAUUACAGCCACUGAAUAAGUGUAAUAAUAUCUUAAUGGGAUACUUUGUAUCCACUGUGCAAAGAAUCGCACACAACCAGUCACUUUUAAGUCACAAGUUUUUCUCAUGCUGUAUUCAUUACUGUUGCCUCCCCGCUCAAUAGAUUGGUCUGCAGCUGAGAGAAACAUCUCAUUCCUUU